AUGGUUGUCAAGAGAACUAUUUCAAAUAUUAAUAUAAUCUGGCCAGAUUAUCACAGUUACAAUAAUGAUAUCGGAAACGAUCAAAGUGACCCUCAUAAUGAGGACCAUGUUUCUAAUAAAAGAGUAGCUUCGAAAUGUAAAUAUGUCAUCAAUGAAAAUGGUGAAUUAGGUGAUGGGAAUUUUAGUACUGUAAAGACAUGUCAAAAUCUAAUCACCAAAAACCUUUAUGCAAUGAAGCUAAUUUCAAAGAGAACUAUUAAAGAUAAAUUGCGUUUAGUAUCAAGCGAAAUUAACUUAUUGAGAUUCUUAGCAGAAAGAACAAGAUCAUUGGAAUCCUCAAUUAAUUAUGGUGAUAAUUCUCACAACAGAGAUACUUUUACAGGGCAUCAUCAUAUUUUGCAGCUUUUGGAUUUCUUCCAAACUUCCCAAGAUAUCGUAUUAAUAACUCAAUUAUGUGCAAAAGGUGAUCUUUAUGAAUUAAUACUGUCAAAUACUUCUUUAGAAUUAGAAAAACAUGUCAAAUCGUUUACUGCUUGUAUGUUAAGCGUUCUACAUUUCUUACAUUCUAAUGGUAUUGUCCAUCGUGAUUUGAAAGCUGAAAAUGUUUUAUUUAGAUUGAAAAAUGAUUCAGAAGUUCUAAAUAUCAAUGACUAUAGUGCCCAUGAUUUAAUCUUGGGUGAUUUUGGUUUGGCGACAUAUUUGAACUCUGCUUCUGAAAAUACAUUCAGGGAAUACGUUGGAACAAUAUCAUACAUUGCUCCUGAAAUUGUAAAAUGUAAAGACGUGUCGAAGCUAUCCCUAGGUGAACUGGAUAAAAUAGAAAAAUAUGGAGCUCCAGUUGACAUCUGGUCUCUAGGUGUUUUAACUUAUUUCAUGAAUUUUGGUUAUACUCCUUUUGAUUGUGAUAAUGAUGAAGAGACUUUAGAGUGCAUAAUAAAGGCGGACUAUUACUCUGAUGAAGAUUCUGUUAAUGAUAGUGCAUUAUCUGAAUUUUGGAGUUUCAUAAGAUCAUGCUUCACAAUUGAUUCCAAGAAUCGUCCAACCAGCUCAAUGCUAAGAUACCAUCCAUUUAUAAGCGAAUAUUUCCCUAGUACUAAGACUGAUACUUCUAAAGUUACAUUCGAGAUGAAUGAUGAAAUUGAAAAUAUCAAUGGGUUAGAAAAGAAAAAGUCUUCUGUAACUUCGAUACAUUCCCUGAAAUCUCCAGUGAAGUCUACAUCGUCUUCCUCUCUAACGUCUUUACAUGAUUUAAGCAGCACAAAAGCUUCAACUUCUCUAACGAAGCAGGGAAGCACUUCCCUUUUAAAUAUUCCACACUAUGUUGAUCAUCAACAAAGAAGAAAACAAGCUAUUUCAAGAGGUAACUCACUAAUGCUAACAAGUCUAACACCUCUACAUAGCCCAAUUCAAAAAUUCAAUCAAAACUCGACAUUCACACUGGACCCUAAGCCUCCAGCUGUUUCACUAAUGAAUGGGUGUUAUAGUACUAAUCCAGAAGCAAGACCUACCUUAGGCGAUUCUUCACCCAGAUCGCUUUCUAACCCUUCAUCUUCUGCAAGUCUUAUGAGAUUACAUUCUAAUAACUUAGAUCAUGAAGGCAGUGAAAUAUUUAAAUCAAUGAUAUUUGGAAAUUCACCCCCAUCGACUGCUCCAUCUUCCAGUAAUAGUUUUACCAAAAAGGCAACAUUUCAACUUGGAUUAGAACAUGAUGAUGAAAAUGAUGAUUAA